AUGGUGGCUUGGUUCAUAUGGAUGUACAGAAACCACGGAAAAUUUGGUGAGAAGGUUUCAGGGUCAAAAUCUGUCAUUAUUAAUUGUAUCUCUUAUAUUCAGAAAUUUAUCAAGUGUCAUCACUUCCCCAAUGUUAUAAAGCACUGGACUCCAGGAAACAAUACUCCUAUUCUUCAGCCUUUCAAACAAAUCCUUUGGAGUCCUCCCCCUACUGGUUGGUUGAAGGUCAACACUGAUGGCAGCUUCUCAAAUGAUUUUGCUGGUAUUGGGGGAAUCUUCAGGAACUCUUAUGGUUCUCCCAUUAUAUAUUUCACUACUCCUGUUGUGGCAAUGGAUGCUCUGGAGGCAGAAUUCGUAGCUAUCUACUGGGCUAUCAAAAUUGCUUCUUACUUCAAUAUGGGUCCUUUGAUCAUAGAAACACAUUCUACUAAUUGCAUUAAAAUCCACCUUCGUGUUGAAACCCCUCCUUGGAAUAUAACCAGAUGGAACAAUUUGUUUUUAGCCCUACUACCCAGAGAAAAGAUCAAUAUCAAUUAUAUUCCUAGAGAGG